AACGUUCAAAAAAUAAACGAAAACUAUUCUCUAGUUCGAUGGCUCGAUUCUCGGGAAAAGUCGCCCUUGUCACAGGCUCUUCCAAUGGAAUCGGCCGUGCCGCUGCUCUUCUCUUCGCUCAACAAGGAGCAAAGGUAACCAUCACCGGGAGAAACGCCGAGAGACUUGAAGAAACCCGACAAGCCAUUCUGAAAUCUGGAGUACCUGCUGAAAACGUUCUUGCGAUCGCCGCAGAUCUGGCUACAGACCAGGGACAAACCGAUUUGAUCAAUGGGACUCUUCAGAAGUUCGGACGUCUUGAUAUCCUUGUGAAUAAUGCCGGAGCAGCUGUAAACGAUCCUCAAGGACGGAUGGGCAUUGAUCAGCAAAUUGAAGAUUUCGAUAAGACUUUCCAAAUUAAUAUGCGAAGUGUGGUGACGUUGGUGCAGAAGGCCAAGGAGCACUUGAUCAAGACCAAGGGGGAAAUUAUCAAUGUUUCUAGUAUUGGUGGAGGACCCCACGCUCAACCCGAUAUGAUGUACUACGGAAUGUCCAAAGCUGCUCUUGAUCAGUUCACAAGAAGCACUGCAAUCACGCUGAUUCAACACGGAGUCCGUGUGAACUCGGUGAGCCCGGGAGGAGUCUACACAGGAUUCGGAGAGGCUAUGGGAUUCCCACCAGGUGCUCUUGAGAAGAUCAUGAAAUACUUCGAGUCCCACAAGGAAUGUGUCCCAUGCGGUCAUAUGGCUCAGCCCAUAGAAAUUGCCCAAGUCAUCGCGUUUUUGGCGGACCGUACCAUGUCUUCAUACAUCAUUGGACAGUCGAUCAUCGCCGAUGGAGGAUCCUCGCUGUUGAUGGGAAUGCAGGCUCAUGAUAUGAUGGAGAUUUUGAAGCAGCCAUGAUUAUUUGAUUAGAUUUUUGUAAAAUUGCUUUAUAUUGAAAAUAAAACAGGUUUAUACU